AUGUUCCCCGUAUCAUUGAUAGUGUGCAUCUCGUGGGUUGUCGGCGGAAUAUGCCAAACCGAUCAGGACUGGACGGCUCUCAAUGGCUCGGUCAAUGGCCGUCUUCACGUCACCACGCCGCUGGCACUCCCGUGUUACUCCUCGUAUAAUGGCAAACCCGUGGUGGUUGAUGCCGACUCCUGCGCCCUCAUCCGAGCCAAUUAUACCGACAACGAAUUUCGCGCAGAAUCGCCCAGCGGGUACCUUAACUUGCAAGACGAGAUGUGCCUAUCAGACCCAGACGACCAGUGCAUCUUGGACAAUAGCGUAUCCCCAGCAGGUCAACCUUCGCCAGGCUCCUCUUGCAACCAAGGCAGCGUGCCAUCACGUCGCAUCGAAGUGGAAGAAGUCUCCGACAUCAUCUCCGCGUUCGCCUUCGCAAAGACGCAUGCCGUACCACUGGUCAUCAAGAACAGCGGGCAUGACUUCUUGACUCGGAAUAGCCAGAAGGGGUCUCUCGCUCUAUGGGUACACAAACUGCGGGGCAUGGAGUUCCACGCAGACUUCGCUUUGGAGGGCUGUGCAGGAAACAUUACUGCAGGGCGCGCCGUGACUGUUGCCACUGGUGUCAGCACUGGGGAGGUGAUCGAAUUUGCGUCUGAACACAACAGCACUUUCGUCGGAGGCUAUUCACCAACUAUAGCUGCGUCGGGAGGAUGGGUCCUCGGGGGUGGCCACAGUGUUUUGUCGCCGGCGUUUGGACUCGGGGUGGACCGCGUGGCUCAGUUCAAAAUCGUCACCCCAGAUGGUGUGCUGCGAGUUGUCAAUCCAUACCAGCAUCCUGACUUAUUCUGGGCUCUACGCGGCGGGGGCGGUGGAACGUUUGGGGUGGUUCUAGAGGCGACGCACCGGGUCGAGAAGUCUGCCCCAGUAGCAGUGGCCAACAUCCAGUUGCCGUCAAAUAUCACGACAGAAACUGCAAUUGAGUGGAUAGCACUGAUGGCACGGGAGUCGCUCAGCUGGGGCACGCAAGGAUGGGGUGGACACGCUGCCGGACUCUACUUGACUCACAUGAAUCCGCUUGUUUCCAACUUGACGGAGGCUGAGGUUUCGAUGAGCAAUGCUACGAGUUUCGCAUUGGCCGUGGGAGGAACCAGCGUCGUCGAGGUCCUCCCUGACUUCCUCAGCGUUUGGAACAAGUACGUCCUGCCGGGGGCCACUCACACAUCGGGAACUGUCCGCAUGGUGUCGCCAAGACUAGCACCACGAAAGCUCUUCGAAAACGCAGAGGGCAUCCAAAGCAUCGUGGAAUUCAUCAGUUCCAUCCAGGACUUGGGAUUCGACCCUCGCAAGUUCUACUGUCCAGUCGGUACCCCCUUUGUCGCGGACAACGCCUCAUCCCACGAAGCCAGAGACGUCGCCAGAGGCCAAACCUCGGUCAACUCGGCAUGGUAUGACGCCCUUUGGUUCCUGUCGACUGGUAUGUCAGUGUCGUGGAAUGCCUCGUACGCGGAGCGCCUCCUGAACAUGACCGCAUUCACCAACGUGACACUGCUCGUCGAAGACCUGACCGGAGAAGCGGGUGGGGGCUACACGAACGAAGCCAACAUUUUCACUCAGAACUGGCGCGAGUCGUGGUGGGGAGACAACUACCCCAGGCUGCUCGAGGUGAAGCAGAAGUAUGAUCCAGAUCGGCUGCUCAAGUGCUGGAAGUGUGUUGGGUUUGAAGACUCGGACAUCUCCAGUGAACGGUUCCGUUGUCAGGGGAAGUUACAGGGGGACAUUGACGGGGUCCUUCCGUGA